AUGCUGCCAAUUGUCCAGAGAAGACUCCAGUCCACAGUGGCGACUCCCGUCAAGAGAUCCAACACCUCGCUCAGAGGCGUGCUGCUGGGCUUCUUUGCCGGCGUGUCCAUAACCGGAUUCGGUGCAUACUACUAUCUACUCGACGAGUACAAGUCCUCGUCCAAUGCUGUCGUUUCUGACGUCCUGCUUCUCCAGAAAAGCAUCAGAAAGCUCGAGAGCCAUGUGCGCACGCUCGAGGACAACCUGGCCAAGAAAUAG